UCAUUUCUGUCUCCCUAUCUCGUUUUUUCAGAGCUCUAUCGCGCCUAUUGCACGCUGCCAUAUUCAAGUGCAAGUCGCUUUAUGCUCUGGCGUGUGCGUGACUUCGUAUCGGCAUGAAUCGGCAACAGAAGGUGGCAGAAAGAAUCGCGGAAUACUUCCACGAGGAUCCUGUUAAGUCGAUGUACGGAGGCAAGGCGGUGUCGCACGGCAUCAGACAUCAUCUCGCCGCUGCUCCUGUUCUGCAAACGGAAGGUCUCUCGAUGGAGGAGAGACGACAGACAAUCAACGACGCGUUUGCUUGGCUCAAACAUCAAAUGGUACAGAUGCGUGUCGAAGAUCAGGCCUUGCUGAAACAGCUCCUCCACAUGCGAAAGAAAAUAAGCAAAAUAAAGAAAGAAGAGGAAGAAUGGCAGAUAUGGGAAGCUCGAUAUCAACAACGUUUUAACAGUUUAGACGAAGAGCCAGAUAGUUACCUUAGUGAAGGGCAAAGAUCAGUUAGUGUGUCAGAACCGAAGUGUGAGCUGCAAAAGGGCGAUGUUGUUCCCUCAAAGGGGAGAACGUUACCUGCUCCUGGUCGACAGUAUCGUCAAGCGUUCAUACCAGCACCGAUGUCUCCAACAUCGCCAGUGCUGAGCCCUUCAUCGAGCAUCAGCUCGUUUACCAUGACGUCCAAUAACGGAGACAGCACAGUAAAUGACAGCUCUUUACUAAGGAACUUUUCUUUCCAGCCGUUAUCACCCAUGGACAACGGCAGGCCUCUACGAAAGAGUCCGUUUAUGACUGGCAAAGGAGUUCGUGCUCAGAGCACACCCAACUGCCAACUGCCUCCUCUACCACCACCAGAAAUCAAGCAGUCAUCUGGUCCCACCAAGUAUGGUCCUGUUAUGAAGAGAACGUGGUCGAUGGAUAACGUUUUGUCGUCUCCACAACACCCAUCGCCGGCCUCUGGCGAUUCAGGAAUAGACAGAGCACAGUCAAGGACACCAUCGUCUAUGUCCUCUUUAUCAUCUGAAGUUUUCCUAGACAGUGACGAUUUUCCAAGAUUUGAGACACCAAGUGUGAGCCAAUCUGCUGGUGAUAAAAUUCUGGCAUCUAGGGCAACAUCGGAUCCGGGAGUGGAUGCAAGGAAGGUACAGAGAUUGAACAGAUGUGGACAAGGACAGAGUGAGUCCGCGAGUCGUCAGAAGAUUAGCAACAGACCGAGUAUCGGUAGUCAAAUUCAAAGGUUAGCAACCAUAGCCGAUGAACGUUCACCAUUUGAAGUUAAAAUGAUGGACAAGUGGUCCGAAUACGAUGGAAACACGCGUUUUGUUUUGGAACGUAGAGCUGAGAGAGCCAUGGCACGGAGAGACAUGAUAUCCAGCGAGCCUGUUUCUCCAUCCUCUCACAGCCCUCCUGCCAAACCUCCACGAAACAGACCAAAUCGUGGCACAAGUCCAACAGCUAUGCCAUCCAAACAACAAAGGGCGACAACUCCAACUAAGGGACUGUCUGUAGACGUAAAGCGUUUCCAGUCCCCUCAGCCGCAAAGACGAGGACAAUUAGGUGAUCACCUCGUACAAUUUGAUCUCCACAGAUGUGCUUCUGAUGACGUGUUAACAUCACAACACGACUAUGCACUGCAAACUUCCAGCCAACGCGGAAGGAGAAAGUCGAGCGAUGCCAAUCACUUAUCGGUACCACAACACUUGAAUUCGUGUAAGUCAAGGUCGUUGGAUUGGACUGCAGAUGUGACACCAUCUGUUUCAAAUAUUCAAAGGCAACAGUCACCGAGAAGAAAACAGCCUUCACGUGGGUUAUCAACAUCCAAAACGCCUGAAUUUAACAGUCAUUUCAGAUUCUCAUUUUCACUCAGCCCGGAUGCUUUUACUACAGAGCUGUGAGCGUUUGAAGAAUAUUGGAUAAUUUUUGAAUUAUAUUUACUUUAAGUUGACAUGCUUUUUGUUUGGUUGAUGAACGUGCACGAGUUAACUGGACAUAAUACUGUGGAGGUUGUUUAUUGCAGUAGAACAAUAGUGAACUAGAUUUGUAUAACCAAUUUGUAAUACUUCAAUGGCAUCAUUUUGACCUGAGAACCUUGCAAGUCAGUAGCAUACAAAUUGUAGUCACAAAAACAAA